CGCGCCGCCAUUGACCUUGAUGUUGCCCAAGUUCCGGCACGUCACGCUAGACGCGACUGGCACGCUGUUUCGACCAAGGAACUGCGUCGCGUCAGUGUACAUGGAUCACUUUCUCGCCAUCAUGCCGCCGCUGAUUCGCCCCGUGUCGGAGGACGCUGUCUCCAUCAAAGCGUUUGGGCAAGCAUUCAAGACGCACUUGGCCGCGUCGCCCAAUUUUGGAAUGGAUGGACAGUCGGAGACGGCAAAACCAUGGUGGGGUCGAGUCAUUUUCGAUACAUUUCCUGCAGACAUGCAAACCCACAUGAAAGCUCACCCAGAGCCCGCCACACAGUUGAUUGAUGCGCUCUACACGUAUUACGCCUGCGGGGAUGCCUGGGAGGUGUAUCCCGACGUAAGACCUGCAUUGGAUGCACUGCAUGCGGAAAACGUAUCGAUCGGCGUCAUCUCGAACUUUGACAACAGAUUGCAUAGCAUUCUGCGUGAUCUGGACCUGGACUCAAGGGUUGAUUUUGUGCUCACGUCGUGGGACCAUCGAGUCAUGAAACCUGACCCCUCCAUCUUUCAUGAGGCUGCAAGAAGGCUGCACUGCCGCCCGGCAGAUUUGCUGCAUGUUGGGGAUGACGUUCGCAACGACUAUGUCGGUGCAGUGGCUGCUGGGUGCUCGGCUAGUCUCUUGGAUCGUGGCAGUCAGGCUUGCAAUACCUCGACUCGGGUGGAGCAUACCGUGACCUCUUUGCUAGACAUUCUUGCAAAAAUCUGAAUGUCCAGUACCUGAGGCGUAUCGUCAGCCGUACGACGACGUUAGAUCUCCAUCCAUCUCUGCUCUCCUUAAUGUGAUGUGCAUGGGGCGAA